AUGCUAAGAAGUCACUGCGCACCCUGCACGAGGGGUGUACCUCGUUUUCAUGCUCAGAGACUUCGCGGUCGUCUAGUUCCGCCGUCGCAGGCCUUGCCACUAGCUGCAAGAUGUUACAGCACGCAGGAUAGAGAACCUGAACCUCAGCGAAAGUCUCUGUCUGUUCCCGGUGUGGCUAGGUUCAAUGAAAUCGGUGUCCAACAACUGAGCGAUCAUGUGUACUCCCAGAUUUUUUUCAAUAAGUCGAAGCCGCCAGAUCCGACCCUAGUCGCACUAUCAAGAGAUCAUCUUGCACGUCAUGAGCUACUCGGGAAAGCGCAGGAGCACGCGGAUCCUGUCGCCUUUGACUUGCCCGCUCUCCAGGGGCAAACCUUGGAUGAACACUUUUUCAAACUGGGAAUGGAUUCGUCGGAACCGUAUCUCACUUACUCGAAACAAUAUGCAAUCGUGAACUCGCCGGAACUACCCCGCAAAUGGGUCAGGCGCAGCGGAUGGACCAAGUACAACAGGGAUGGAACUUCGGAAGCGGUGGAUGCGCCGAAUGAAGCAAUGCUCACUUUCGACACGGAAGUGAUGUACAAGGAGAACCCAUUUGCUGUCAUGGCGUGCGCUGUUAGCCCUACGGCUUGGUACGCGUGGAUAUCUCCGUGGUUAUUGGGGGAGACGGAGAACGAAAUUCAGCUUGUUCCUCUAGGCGAUCCAACACAACCCCGGAUUGUCGUCGGACACAACAUCGGCUACGAUCGUGCGCGCGUUUUUGAGGAGUACGACCUCAAGCAGACUGCCAAUUUCUUUCUCGACACAAUGUCGCUCCAUGUCGCGGUGAAUGGAAUGUGCUCACAGCAACGGCCUACGUGGAUGCGUCAUAAGAAGAACAGAGACCUAAGAGACAAGAUUGCAAGUGACAGUAACUCUGUUGAGCUUGCAGCUCUGAUUGAGAAUAAAAUGAUAAGAGAAGAGGAAGAAGAGCUCUGGGUCGGAAGGAGCUCGGUGAAUUCCCUCCGAGACGUGGCUAAAUUUCACUGUGAUGUCACUAUCGACAAGUCUCAGCGAGACUAUUUUGGCGAGCUUGACAAAUCGCAGAUACUGGGAAAGCUGGAUGAGCUGCUUGACUAUUGCGCUGCUGAUGUUGCAAUUACACAUCGUGUGUACAAAAGGGUCUUCCCGAAUUUUCUUGAGACUUGCCCGCAUCCGGUCAGCUUUGGCGCUCUGAGGCAUCUCUCUUCUGUGAUUCUUCCAGUCAACCAGACUUGGAAGGAGUACCUCGAGAGUGCUGAAUCGACUUACCAUCAGAGACUAGGCGAUGUCCAGCGAAGACUUGUCGCGCUAUGUGAUGAAGCCUUGAGUGUUAAGGAUGAUCCCGAGAAGUAUACUAACGACCCCUGGCUACGACAGCUGGACUGGUCCGGUCAGGAGGUCAAGAUGGUGAAGGGGAAAAAGAAGGGAGAUCCUCCUCGGCCGGCGGCUAGACAGAAGAAGCCCGGCAUGCCGCAGUGGUAUAAAGACUUGUUCGCUUCGAACAACGCAGACAUCAAUUUAUCGGUGCGAACGCGAAUCGCGCCUAUCCUACUGAAGUUAUCGUGGGACACACAUCCAUUGAUCUGGUCGGAUAAGCACGGUUGGACAUUCAAGGUUCCUCGCGAGAAGGCCCACCAAUACGAGAAUCAACCAGUGGUCAAAUGCGACAUGUCCGAGGAAAAGAAUGCAGAGCUACAGAAUGACAGAAACCACAUUUACUUCAAGCUUCCUCACAAAGAUGGACCCACAGCGCGCUGCGUCAGUCCAUUGGCCAAAGGCUAUCUACAGUAUUUCGAGCGUGGCACAUUAUCUUCUCAAUACGCUCUUGCCAAGGAAGCUCUUGAGAUGAAUGCGUCCUGCUCCUACUGGAUUAGUGCCCGUGACCGAAUCAUGGGCCAAUUGGUCGUUUACGAGGAUAGCGUGCGGGCUGCUACGCCGAAGAAGGAUGGUCAAAGCACUGGGUACAUUCUACCCCAAAUUAUUCCAAUGGGAACUAUUACUCGAAGAGCGGUGGAAAACACGUGGCUUACGGCAAGCAACGCCAAAGGAAACCGUGUCGGCUCCGAACUGAAAGCAAUGGUCAAAGCGCCACCGGGCUACGCCUUUGUUGGUGCCGAUGUUGACUCUCAAGAGCUCUGGAUUGCAAGUCUUAUCGGAGAUGCUCAAUUCCAGCUUCAUGGCGGAAAUGCGAUUGGGUUCAUGACUCUCGAGGGGUCCAAGGCUGCAGGAACUGACAUGCAUUCACGCACCGCUAAGAUCUUAGGUAUUUCGCGCAAUGAUGCAAAGGUGUUCAAUUAUGGCCGCAUUUACGGGGCUGGUGUGAAGUUCGCCGCGACGUUACUGCGGCAGUUCAACCCAACCAUGUCCGAGAGGGAAACUCAAGAGGUCGCCACCAGGCUCUACAAGGAGACCAAAGGUGCCAAAACUACGCGCCGCCUCUUGUCUGAAACCCCCUUCUGGCGUGGAGGCACAGAGUCAUUUGUCUUCAAUAAACUGGAAGAGUUUGCUGAACAAGAACGACCACGAACUCCAGUCCUAGGCGCUGGUAUUACUGAAGCCCUAAUGCGACGCUUCAUCAACAAAGGUAGUUUCAUGACAUCUCGUAUUAACUGGGCCAUCCAGUCUUCUGGUGUCGACUACCUCCACAUGUUAAUCAUUGCCAUGGAUUAUCUCAUUCGACGCUACAAUAUUCAGGCACGUCUAGCCAUCACCGUCCACGAUGAAAUCAGAUACCUCGUUAAGGAGGAAGAUAAAUACCGCGCUGCUCUAGCUUUGCAGGUUUCCAACGUCUGGACGCGCGCUAUGUUUUCGCAGCAGGUCGGCAUCAACGAUCUGCCUCAGUCGUGCGCCUACUUCUCCCAAGUCGACAUCGACCAUGUUCUGCGAAAAGAGGUCGACAUGGACUGCGUGACACCCUCUCAUCCACACAAGAUUCCACACGGCGAGACCUUAGACAUCACCCAGCUCCUCGAAAAGAACGAAGAAGCCCGCCUCGACCCAUCAAUCACCCCCAUCUCACCUCCAACACCCGAAAAAUACACCUACACACCCCGCAAAACCGUCAUGUCUGGGCUUCAAACCUCCGAUAACCCCGCCCUCAUCAAAGCCCAGAUCACGAAAGACGACAAAGAGCUCCGCGAUAUCAUCAAAGAAGUCACGAAAAUCAACACCUCUGCCAAAGCAACAGGGACAACUUCGCGGUCGAGCACACGCACCAAAGCAACAACUAACCCUGCAGCUGAGCCCCAGAAGGCCAUCCUCAUGGACAUUGGCUCAGGCUUGUACGGUGGCGGUUUUCGAGACUUUUCACCGGGGAGCAGGCCUCCCCAGGUCAAUCUUCCCCGGCAGCCGUGGAAACCACGACCAACGGCCAGGGCGUAA